AAACACCAUUACCAACACGUUCAUCUUUAAAAGCCACCCUCUUCCAAACAACCUGCAACUACUUCACUUCACACACAAUCCACCACCAUGCAAACCUCUCAUUUCAACUCAAAAUCAAAACUUUCCAAACACCCAUUUCAAGAUUCACAAUACCCACAUCAUAAACCAUCACCGGAUCACCCAACCGGAUCCGGGUCAUUGACCCCCCAUAUCAAGAAAGUGUUUCUUGAAGGGUAUGUUCAUGAAGAAGAGCUUGUGAGAGCCAAGAGUUUGACUGAUGAUGACCUUGAAGAACUUAAAGGCUGUUUAGAUUUGGGAUUUGGGUUCAAUUAUGAUGAGAUUCCGGAGUUGUGUAACACUUUGCCGGCGUUGGAGUUGUGUUAUUCGAUGAGCCGGAAGUUUCUUGAUCAGCAGCAGAAGUCGCCGGAAAGUUCGUCGGCGGUGAGUGAGGGGGUGUCGCCGGUGGGUGGGAAAGCUAGUUGGAAGAUUUCUAGUCCUGGCGAUGAUCCUGAAGAUGUGAAAGCCAGACUGAAAUUUUGGGCACAAGCAGUUGCUUGCACAGUCAAAUUAUGCAGCUGAAAAUAACUUAGUACCCGAGCCGAGCCCGGAUUGACCCACCGACCGACGUAUUAACACCAACAUUCGACUAAGAACGAAGUAUCGGAACUGAUUAAAGCAUAUAUGGAGAUUAAGAUGGAAGUUUUGAUGGAAUUGUUAUCUGAGGGGUUGUAAAUUGUAGUCAGGACAAGAAAACAAAGACAUGUUGGUUGUGUAUAUAAUUUUGUCAUGUAAAUUAAGUGAACAAUAAGUUAACAUAUCUUAUUAUCGGCUUUGCUUGUUGGUGGAUUA